GUCCGCCACUUUCUCUCUCUCCUCCUUCCUCACCCCUUUAUUCCUUUCUCUGUACUCGAUUCCCUUUCUUUUCUAUUCGCCCUAGGGUUUGAAUACUUGUUUCUUGUACCUCUCCUACUCCUUUAAUUAUCCAUAAAAAAAUAAGUUUUUAAUUCACAUAGUUAACAUACUUUAUUUUUCUUUGUUUUCUGCUCUUAUCUUUUCUUCAUCUAGACUAUAUGGCUGGUUUAGACUUAGGCUCAGCUUCUCGAUUCCUUCAUCACCUCCAAAGGCCAGACCUCCACCUCCAACGUCCCUUAGACUCCGAACAUCACGACAAUCCAAACCAGUUUUCCGGCGACAACGACAACGAUGAUGAUGACAACAAGCCCAGCACCGGUUCAGGCGAUCUUGUGGCUCGCCGGCCCAGAGGCCGACCACCAGGCUCCAAAAACAAGCCUAAACCACCAGUCAUCAUAACCCGAGAAAGCGCCAACACUCUCCGAGCUCACAUAUUAGAGGUCAGCAGUGGCUCAGACGUGUUUGACUCGGUGGCCGCUUAUGCCAGAAAGCGACAGCGAGGAAUUUGCGUCCUCAGCGGAAGCGGCACCGUGACCAACGUGACGCUCCGGCAGCCGGCAGGUGCCGGAGCAAUCAUCACGCUGCACGGCCGCUUCGAGAUUCUGUCACUUUCGGGUUCAUUCUUGCCUCCGCCGGCCCCACCAGGGGCCACCAGCUUGACAAUAUAUUUGGCCGGUGGACAAGGUCAGGUCGUUGGAGGGAACGUUGUCGGUGCUUUGAUUGCUUCUGGACCAGUUAUCGUUAUCGGAUCUUCGUUUACGAACGUUGCGUAUGAGAGAUUGCCGUUGGACGAAGAUGAGACGGUUCAGAUUCCGCAAAGUUCCGGUGGUGGUGGUGGCAGUGGCGUUGGUGGGACUGGUGCUGGAGUUAGUAACCCAUUUCCUGACCCAUCAUCGGGGCUACCCUUUUUCAAUUUGCCCAUGAAUAUGCCGAAUAUGCCUCCUUAUUGACCUGUUUUUAGGUCAGAAAGGUUAGAGUGCUCUUAGAUCAUCAUCAUCUCUCUGUCUUGUACAAUCAGUGAUUUUCUUCUUCAUUCUUCUGUUGUUAUUAGCCUUGCUUCUUCUUCUUCU